GGACCCGCCGGAGCGCGGCCCCCGGCACAGCGGCCCCCGGCCGGGCAUCUCCACCGGCAGCGGCCCCGCGGCCCCUUCGCCACCUCCGGCCUUUGGGAGAGCUCCGGCCGCCCCCAGCGUAGGCGGUGCUGGCCCCAGCGGCCCGAGCGUCCCGCGGCGCCGCUCCCUCCAAUCGUGGGCCCGGGGCGGGGCCCAGCGGUGACAUUGAGCGGCGCCCAGCAGGCCCGAGGCAGCGCCAUGUGGGGCCGCGCGGAUAUGGCUGUUAAACUGCUGGGAAGAAAUAUUCCCUCAGUUCUGAGGAUGACCGAGGGAGCAGACCUGAAGAUAAGCAGAAGGCUGUGCAUUAAACCCCAGCGAGACCUUCAGUCAAAGAUGCGUUUUGUUGGAGGUAUUUUAGGUCGAUCUGCUUCGGGGGUGCCUGGAUACAAGCCUACAGACUGGGAGAGAAGGUUUUUGGUGUGGGCAGGCCAUUUCAAAAAGGCAGAGGAUAUACCAGAGACUGUCUCGCUUGAAACAGUGAGAGCAGCUAAGACCACCCUGCGUGUGAAGUUCAGCUAUUUCAUGAUUGCCUUGACAAUAGUGGGAUGCAUUGCCAUGGUGGUCAGAGGGAAGGAGGCUGUGAAAAGACAUGAAUCUCUUACAAGCAUAAACCUGGAGAAGAAAGCCCAGUGGAGAGCUGAAGGUGCAUCUGCUAAACCAUAGACGAGGAAAUGAAGCGAUCAAGGACUGGGGUAGAAAAGCAAAGUCCCUUUCAUCACUGAGAGCAAGAUACCAUCGUAUCUUUCCUGUACGUUAGUUCUGUACACUCAUACAAGUUCUGUGCACUGCUCAAGAAAGAAUAAAUAAGUUGUCCUAUAACCAAUAAAAUCAGAAA